AUGUCCACCGUCAACCCAUCCUUCCAAGAUGCCAUCAAGGUCACUCCACAAGGCUCCAAUAAAUACAGCGCCUUCCUCCGACCAGAAUGGUGCAUUGGAACAGUCCCGCACGGCGGCUACACAACAGCUAUGAUCUACCAACUAGCCCUAACGCACUUCGCGCACGCCCACCCAAAGCAAUACAAAAACCCCGCAUCCCCGAUCUCCAUCCAACUCUCCUUCCUGCGACGCACAGCCUCAGGCCUCGUAACCUUCGAAGUUGAAGACGUCAAGAUCGGCCGUCGGACAAGCACAAUACACAUCAAGCUACUGCAGGCCUCUGAAAAGAAAGCCGGCCAGUUAGAUCUCAUGCUCGCUGGCUAUAUCACCGUCAGCCCGCCGGAGGCCGAAGUCGGCAUUAGCGUGAACACAGGGUGGAAGCCUCUCCCAGCUCCGGCGGCGGGUUCGCGCGCGGACGGGUCCGUUAAUCUGGCGGUGCUGGGUCGGACAGGCGUUGACGGGGCUUGGACGAAGCUUGUGCCGCCUUUCUCGGAGUUUCGCAAGGCUGCGACGCAUAUUGAGCUGUUUGGUCCCGGUGUUGGUGAGGCGCAGCAGAAGCGCUCGGGGACGCUGAAUAUCGAUCAGUGGGCUAGGUUCCGGCCUGGGGGUGAUGUUAAUGGUCGCUGGACGGAUGCUGCCGUGGCGUAUCUUAUUGAUAUGUUUCCCAUGGCGUUGGAUGGGUUUGAUACCAUGGCUGCUGCUGCAGCGGCGAAGGAGAGUGGGUCUGCGAUUGCUGGGCAGAAGGCCAAGUCUUGGUAUCCUACCGUUACGCUCAAUGUGGAUAUGAAGAAGCAUCUUCCUGCUGAGGGGGUGGAGUGGCUUUAUACUCGGAUUGUUACUAAGGCUGUUAGAGAUGGCCGGACGGAUUUGGACGUUACGGUUCUUGAUGAGGCUGGGGAUGUUAUUGCGGUGAGUACGCAGAUUGGGUUGGUUGUUAGUGCUAGUCGGAACAUUGGGACUAGGAAGGACAAGUUGUAG